GGCUGCCCAGCGCCCUCUCGCACCCGCAACCCCGCUAGCUCACCCCUGAAGCCCGCCCGCCCGCAUCCCUCUCCGCCCCGCGCUUGCCGGUCUUCUCGACUCCCCCCAAGCGACGACAAUGAUCGGUGCUGUCCGCCUCUCCGCCCGCGCCCUUGGCGCCUCGGCUGCCCAGCUCUCUCGCCAGACGGCCGUGGCUGCUGCCAUGCCCCGGGCCCACUACUCCGCCAACAACACUGAGCUGCCCUCCAUCAGCCACCUCGAGUUCGAUGGCCCCCGCUUCACCGCCCAGAUCCCGGAGUUCUUUGAGGCCCGCGCCGCGGCCUUCGCCGCGCGUAUUGGCGUGGACUUCUCCGACAAGAAGACCCUGCACCAGGCUCUGAUCCAUCCCUCUUUCUCUCCCGGCCGCGGCAACUACAACGACCGCCUGUCGUACCUGGGCUACUCCCUGCUCCACGCCAUCGUCACCGAGCACAUCUACGUCACCUACCCCAACCUGCCGACCCAUGCCAUCUCCAACCUGGUCGACACCCACCUCAGCAACGAGUCCCUCUACCACCUGGGCAAGAGCCUCGGUCUGGACCAGCUGCUCCUCUGGAAGCCGGCCAACGAUACCUACGCCCUGAUCAUCGACGAGCACCAGCGCCUGUCGGCCAAUGGCAGCGACUUCGUCGCCCCGGCCGAGCCGGAGCCCGUCUCGAAGGACCGUCGCCGCGGUGACGCCAACGUCAUUGGCCGCAGCUUCCACGCCAUCGCCGGGGCCAUCUACCACGAGCAGGGCCACCAGGGCGUGCGCAACUUCGCCAACAAGUUCAUUCUCUCCCGCGUGACCGACAUCGGUGCCGGCAUCUCCAUCCGCAACCCGCGCCUGGUCCUGGAGGCCUUCUGCAAGAAGUAUGAGCUCGAGACUCCCACCUACCAGAUCAUCCGUGAGUCCGGCCGCGCGUCGCACCGCUCGAUGUUCAUGGUGGGUGCCUUCAGCGGCAAGCGCCUGCUCGGUAUCGGCAACGCCCGGAGCAUUGACGUGGCCCAGAUCGUCGCCGCGAAGAACGCCCUGCGCGCGCACUUCCUGGAGCAGGUCCAGAACCCCCUGCAGCUGGAGCUUGGCCCUGAUGCCUCCAUCGAGGAGUGGGCCCCCGCUCGCACCCCGGCCAGCGACUCCCUCCCCAUCUCCUAAGGGUAUUGCUCUGGCACAUGCCCCCUCCCCCCUCCCUCCCCUCUCUCUGUCCUCCUCCCUCUCUACACCCCCUCCCGACACAACACACACACACACACAAACACCUAUCUUUCCCUCCCCCGCCCGUCAACUUCCUCCGUGUGUCUGCAUACACGCAUCCACCGCCGCCGCGCGGGUCGGAGGGAGGUGCUCGCCGCCACCAUGACCCCCUCCUCCCCCCGCCUUCUAGACUCCCGCCAUGUGCGCGCGACCCCGCGACGGCGGCGGUGGGCGCGCGUGCGCAGAGCAGCCCCCCCCCCUUUUUUAAACGCACGAAGACCAGCCCUUGUCCGCCGCGCGCCCCUUGCAGCGUGUCCUCUCUCCCCCUCCCCUCCCCCUCUCUUUAAUUGCCCUUCAAUAUAAACCUCUGCAAAAGAAAAGGAAAA